AUGAAAUUCACCCUCUUCGCCGCAGCGUCCCUGCUGGCGACUGCUGCCGUAGCAGCCGGCGAUGCCUGGGAAGCCCGCCAUGGCCUCACUGCCUCCCGCUACCAGGAGACCUUCAACAACUUGACCGCCGCCGGUUACCGACUUGACUAUGUCACCGGCUAUGCAGACCUAAAUGGCGAGGCACGAUACAAUGCCAUCUUCGACAAACCUGCUUCUCCCAGUAAAGUCGCCUGGGUGGCCAACCACGGCGUCACUCGCGAGAAGUACUCCGCUGCCUUCAAGGAUCUAAAGGAUAAGGGAUACCGUCCUCUCCAUGUCCAGGGGUACAACGUCGGCAAAGAUUCGACCUUGGGCAAGGAUAGACGUUACGCCAGUAUCUGGGAGAAGAACACCCCUGCAGUGGCCUGGGAGGAACGAACGGACGUGUCUGGCGAGAAGUUCACAGAGCUCUUCCACCAGCUGGUUGACAAGGGCUACCGUCUUAGAAGCAUCAGCGGAUAUGCGAUCGGUGCUGAACAGCGGUUCGCCGGUGUAUUUGAGAAGACCGCUGGGCCUACGUGGAAGGCAUAUGCCGGUAUGAGCAGCGAUGGGUACCAGACCAGAUUCAACGAGAUGAAGAAGGAUGGCCUCUACCCUGUGCAGAUCAGCCCGUACACCGCUGGCGGGAAGGUCUGGUAUGCCGGUAUCUGGGAGAAGAUUGACGACAAGGCAGCUAAACCUUAUACGCGAUACGGACUGACGGGAUCAGAGUACCAGGCUGUGUUUGAUGAGUGGAAGGGCAAGGGAUACAAGCCGACUGUUGUUGCGGGAUAUAUUGAUGGCAAGACCGUGAAGUAUGCUGCCAUUUUCAAUAAAUAUAAAUAG